AGGCAAAUAGGGCGAUACAUAAGCACAUAAGUAGGUAAUACUAGAUUCUGUCUGAGCUUGUCAGCAGGGACCAACAACAACAACCCCAAGAGGUAGUAGAAGAGCCAUACAUUUAGAUAUCUCUAACAAAGAAAUGUUGUUGCAAUGCCAGUAUCCACGCUUCUAAACCCUUUCCCAAUACUUUAGGAACAGCCCAGGUGGGAAACAACAGAUUUAACCAGUAGUGAGACUCGUGGUCUGUUAGCAGCGGCCAGGACAGACAAAGACACAGCAACACAGUAGGUAGGUAAACCUACACACACAACAUCUAUUGAAACCGUUGAGUCGGCUGUCUACCUACCUAACACAGUAACCCUAGUCAACCACAGCCAGAGAACUGAACCAGCUAAUGGAGAAAAAGCUAGUUAAGAGAGAGCCCAAUCAGUAGUUCUAGUUUAUCAUGGCCCGCAGGAGGCAACCCCUUCCCGCCGCCAACUCCCCCUUUGUGGGCUAUUGCGGCCUGGGCUCAGGAGAAGCACCGCACAAUGGCGUUGUAUUUUCCUUCGCGCCCGGCGCCGCUCGCCCCUAUAACUAUGCGAGGCUCGAGGCGUCGGGCGCGCGCUCGGGUUGGGCGAGAAGGCCGCGGCGUACCUUGGUUGAGUCGUUGCGAGCGAGCCACAAGCAAUUUCCAGCAGUACCCAGCAGCGUCUCUCUCCGCCUCGCUUCCGGCACGCCGUUCGGAAGGUGAAACAUGAGUCAGAGGGGAGGAGGCGGCCGGCAGGUCCGUUGGGCCUCAGGGACGCGCAAUUCCCGCGGCGGCGCGGCCAGCCCGUACAUACGGCACCGGCCGUACCCGCCGGGCCCGGGCAACCGCCUGACGCCCAACGAGGAGUUCGCGAUGUGCGCGCUGCUGGCGGGCGAGCCCCACGAGGACCACUACCGGUCGAUCGAGCCGGACUGGAGCUCGGACGAGGAAGGGGACGACCCGUACCAGCGGGCGCUCGACCCGCGCACCACCGCGAACCCCGACGACCCCCCGCUGGCCCCCGGCACCCGCAACCGGACCACGGUCGGCGUCGAGUUCGAGUUCCUGCUCGCCGUGUCGCCGGGCGUCCUGGGGGGCCCGGACCCGCACCCGGAGGACGGCCGGGCGCUCGCGCAGAGGCUGGCGCGCUACCCGUCGGGCUCGGGCGCCUUCGACGUCUCCGUCCGCAACAUGAUUGUCGACACGCUGCGGCGCAACGGCAUCGUGGCCGUCAAGUCGGAGGAGGGAGGCUUCAUGCCCGACCCCGCCUUCGACGGGGUCAACUGGUGGGAUAACCUGGAGGCCGCCGACCCCCAGGACGAUCCCAACGCGGCCGUGCUCGACGGCUGGGCCGCCCACGCGCAGCGGAUCCCCGGCAUGAGCCCCGACGACACCGUCGCCACGGCGGCCGGCAUGCUCGCCGCCUCCUUCCGCCAGUUCCACGACGACCACGGCCUGGGCAUGUACGACACCCGCGACGGCACCAUCGAGCGCAUCGCCCAAACCAAGAUACCGCAGUUCCUCCACGGCUUCAACGACAGCGAGCGCGCGGCGACCUGCGCCCAGUUCGAGACCCUAUCCAAGCGCACGGUCGUGGACGAGGUGAUGAAGCACCAGAGGGAGAUCGAGGACGAGGUCGACCCUAUCGCCGUCGCCCUCCCCGGCAUAGACCCCGCCUACCUCCACUGGACCUGCAUCACCGACGCGAGCGUCUCGACGGACGAGGCGCUGCCCCAGGUAUAUUCCUUCGCCGAAGGCAUGACGUCCGAGAGUAUGGAGGACGCGUAUAAGUGGUUCAACGGCGAGCUGCGAUCGCCGCCUCUCGACUAUAACAACCCGACAACUCGGGUUGCCCUGCGGAAUGCGUGUGCCGGCCUCCGAGACGUAUAUCGAAUCCACAAGCCGAUGAAACAAGUAGGAACCGGCCUCCACGUCCACUUUGGACAAGAAGCAGGCUGGACGUUGCUACAUCUUAAGAAGUUCGCAACCCUCUGGGUGCUGCUCGAGCAGAGUCUUGAGACGCUGCACCGAUGGGACCGAUCUCACGAGACGCGCUACUGCCGGCCGAUACGCUCGGAGUCGCCGCUCGCCCACGCGCUGCUGCAGGGCACCGGCUCGCCCGUGCUGUCGAACCUGAGGACGCGCGACCCGCACCUGUCGCGGUACUACAACGCCAUCCUGGAGCAGCACUUGCCGUUGUCGAUCGAUGUGGAUUUCCUCUCCAGCUUCCUCACCGACUUCGCCACUGAGAUCUGGCAGUUCGACACCAUCACAGGGCUCGCCCGAGCCCUCAGCGGCCGCGAGAUCUACGGGCAUGUCCGCUUCCGCGUCUCCGGCGCCUCUCGCUCUAACGCUCCCGAACAGGGGCCCGGAAGUCUUACCCAGACCCUCGAGGUCCGCAUCAUGCAGGGCACGUUGGAUGCUGAUCAUAUAUGGCGCUGGAUUUCUAUUGUCGAACGUAUGCUUAUCUGGAGCCGGGACACGCCCGCCGCCGAGUACCGCGCCGGCCUCGAGGACAUGCUCCGCGGGAGGCGGCAGCCGCUCACCGUCCUCGGCAUCCCGCGCGACGAUAUCACCUGGUUUAGCCUCCACCGGCACCAUAGAACCGGCUACUUUGAGUACCCUGACCGCGGUCGCGUUGACUGGCGACAACCCUUCAUGUCCCCCGGCCACGGAGACACGUACGACUGGCCCAGCAGGAAGACACCCACGACCAUUCGGCGGCGGAAUAGGCCGGGCGACGAGUCAGACUCAGAUUGGGAGAUGCUGUGA